AUGUUCAAAAGGCACAAGUCCCUUGCUUCGGAACGCAAGAGAGAAAUAUUUUCCCGAGGAGUUACACGGUCCAUGCUGAAGAAUGACUUGAGAAACUUUCACUGUUUGUCGCAACUUGUGCUCUCAGCAGGCCCUCUAAAAUCAGCUCCAGUAGUUAAACAUUCAAAAACUGCGCACUUUGAGAUUGAAAUACUUGAUGCUCAAACAAGAAAGCAGAUAUGUAUUGUGGAUAAGGUGGUGCAAACAUCUACUAUUCAUGAUGUUAAACAAAAAUUCCACAAAGCAUGUCCAAAGUGGUAUCCUUCCCGAGUUGGCCUGCAGCUAGAACGAGGUGGGCCUUUUUUGAAGGACUACAUAACCAUUCAAAGCAUUGCAGCUUCCUCCAUUGUCACUCUCUAUUUUACAGACCUAGGUCAACAGGUCAGUUGGACUACAGUAUUUUUGGCUGAAUACACAGGACCUCUGCUGAUAUAUCUCCUCUUUUAUUUGAGGAUCCCAUAUAUAUAUGAUAUGAAAGAGAGUUCUAGAAGAUUCCGUCACCCAGUGGUACACUUGGCUUGCUUCUGUCAUUGUAUACACUAUAUCCGAUAUCUUUUGGAAACCUUAUUUGUUCAUAAAGUUUCUGCAGGACAUACACCUUUGAAAAAUUUGAUAAAGGGCUGUACCUUUUAUUGGGGAUUUACUUCUUGGAUUGCCUACUACAUUAAUCACCCACAGUAUACACCACCAUCAUUUGGAAACCGGCAAGUCACAGUAUCUGCUAUCAAUUUUUUGAUUUGUGAAGCUGGAAAUCAUUUCAUCAAUGUAAUCUUGGCUCAUCCCAAUCAUACAGGAAUUAAUGCCUGUUUUCCAAGUCCAAAUUGUAACCCCUUCACAUGGAUGUUUUUCCUGGUUUCAUGUCCUAACUACACUUAUGAGAUUGGAUCAUGGAUUAGUUUCACAAUCAUGACACAAACACUGCCAGUUGGGAUUUUUACACUUCUGAUGAGUAUCCAGAUGUCUCUGUGGGCACAAAAGAAACAUAAGAUUUAUUUGAAGAAAUUCAAUUCUUAUGUGCAUAGAAAAUCAGCAAUGAUUCCAUUCAUACUGUAG